AUGUCUGCAGACAACACAACCCACCUAGCCCCUAAUGGCUGCCCACUCGAGAGUCGCCCGGAAGAUCCGACCCAUCUCUUUUCUUCCGAGGGUAUCACCCUCGACCUACCAAGGAUCGGAUGGAUAGGAACAGGAUGCUGUACGUUAAUAGCGACCUUCCUCUCCUUUUUCUUGAUCUACCGGCAUUACCAAUACUAUACCAAGCCUAAUCAGCAGCGCUACAUCGUCCGGAUGUUGCUCAUGGUACCGAUCUACGCCAUCACUUCCUGGUUCUCCUUCGUCUACGUACGUGAGGCGGUCUACUACGACGAGAUCCGAGUCCUCUACGAGGCCUUCGUUAUCGCGUCCUUCCUGAUCCUUAUGCUCCAAUACCUCGGAGACUCACUCGAGGAACAAAAACGGGUGCUCAAGCGCCACAAGAAGACCGAGCGAUGGUUCUUCCCGUUGUGUUGCCUCAAAUACAAUCCAUCGCGUCCACAUUUCUUACAGUUCAUGAAAUGGGGGAUCCUCCAGUACGUGCCCCUGAACGUCUUGGGGACGAUCCUGACGAUUACCUUGCAGAUCAUGGGGAACUAUUGUGAGAGUAGCUGGAAUCCAAAGUUUGGGCACGUUUGGAUCAUGAUGAUUAACUUUGUGUCCGUUUCCAUGGCAACCUAUUUCUUGAUCAUGUUUUAUGUUACGAUCCGCGAGGAUUUAAAAGACUAUGACCCAUUCUACAAGUUCCUGGCUGUCAAACUGGUCGUUUUUUUCUCGUUCUGGCAAUCGAUCGUGGUCGAAGGAUUGGUCUACUUUGGUCUGAUCAAGGCAACAAAGUACUGGUCCACAUCCGAUAUCUCUGUCGGUAUCAAUGCCGUCCUGAUCGACAUCGAGAUGGUCUUCUUCGCAUUGAUGCACCUCAGAGCCUUCAGCUACAAGCCCUAC